GCUGGCUGCUGGGCUGGAGCUAGGUUUUUAUCUCCCGGCUGGCGCUGGUCGAAGCCAGAUCCCCGUAGUCCUACGAAACGUCAGGCUUGCUGCACUCGCUGCGCUCCGCAUCCUCAGUCGGCGCUCGCGCCUCCCGUUGGAGCACCGCCCCCCAACCAGGCGAAGAGUCGCUGGGGGUCCAGCCGGGACAGUCUAGCCCAGCCCUCCUUCUGCUCUCACCUCCCUUCACCUCUCCGCCCUCCGGUCUCCUCUUGAGUAAGGGACAGCGGAUGAAGUGAGACGAUGGUCAUCCGAGUGUUCAUCGCCUCCUCUUCAGGCUUUGUGGCGAUAAAAAAGAAACAGCAAGAUGUAGUUCGUUUUCUAGAAGCCAACAAGAUAGAAUUUGAAGAGGUAGACAUCACAAUGUCAGAAGAACAAAGACAGUGGAUGUACAAGAACAUUCCUCCAGAAAAAAUACCAGCUCAAGGCAAUCCAACACCACCACAAAUAUUCAACGGAGAUCGAUACUGUGGUGACUAUGACAGCUUUUUUGAAUCGAAGGAAAGCAACACAGUCUUUUCAUUCUUAGCCUGAAACCAAGAUUGCCAUCAAAGGCAGAGCCCUAAGUGUGGAAAGAGAACAAUGAAGAGGGCAGAAGCACAUUUGAAAGAGCAAGGGUGGUGUUCAGCAAACAGCCACUUACCUAAUGGAUCACUGUGAUAAAAGCCACGUGCAUCAUCAGCACUUUGCUUGCCACUGAAGGAGUGCUUUCCAAAGAUGUGGGACCACUGGGCAUUACAAAAAUCUAUAAAUCAAAUUGGCCAUAUGGUGGAUUGUUCCUUAUUUUCUUAUUUACCUACAUUUGAUGAGCUGUCUUGGGGGAGUCUUUUACUGGGUACUGAUAGUCUUCCUUGAUAGUUUCAAAGAUAAGUGGAUGGCAGCCACCAGAUGACACAUGUAGCAUCUCUACAAUAUUGCAGUAUAUACCCACAUUAGUUAGACAUGCUUCCUUUAAGCUAAUGUUGCCCAGAUCAUGUUCUUGAAAUUAGUUUAUUAGGACAUUCGCAUCUCUUGAGCCAGGAAGGGGGAAAAUGAUGCUUAGUACAAGCAGGGUAGUGAAGAAAAAUGGCUCAUAACCAGGAAUGGUGAUAUUUUUGCUAUUUGUAAAUACCACAUAAAUAUAACCUUUGAUGUUACAACCUGCUUACUGUAAUAGGAGCUCUUCAAACUAUAAAAAAUGAUUCUAAGUUCAUUGUCACAAUGAAACAUUCAAGUGACUUGAAGAAAUUCUCACUAGCAUAUUGAAAACUCUAUAUGAUAUUUUGGAAAGUAUCUGGGUUCGUUUGUUUUUCUUUUUUCCUCCUUAGAGAAUUUUCCACUUAAAUGCCAUAAGAUGCUUGACAGAUAUGUUUUAAAUUGUGAAGGUCAUGCACUAAUUUAAUCCAAACUUUGUAAGAAAAUUGUUUGACUUAGAUCUGAAAGUUUUGUGACUACAGAGAGAUAUAUUGUAUAUAUGUGUAUGUGUAUAUAUAUAUACAUAUUUAUAUAUGUAUACACAUGCAUAUAUAUACACAUACAUACAUACAUACAUACAUAUAUUAGUGUGCCCCUCCCCAAUAGCUACUUAUCUCUUGUAAAGGAAUUAUAUUUUUUGAAAAGGGAGCUCUUGGUUAGAUAUAUUUUGUGUAUCCAUUAAUGAGUCAUAUUAAAUGAUACUAAUACCUUAACAUAAGUGAAUAUUUCUUUCUAUGUAACUUUUCCUUUUCUCUUCAGUCCUACCUUAAUCUUAACCUAUUUUAAAAUUUAAGCAUUUCAACUUAAUGCAGAUAAAUACUGUUUUCCCAGUAAUCCUGACCUCAAUAGUAAGUUUGCAGACUAUGCAUUUACAAGAGAAUUGCUUUAUGGCAUGCAAUAUCCUUUCACACUCCCACUUAGGGCAGCUGCUCAUAAACUUAGGUGGUCCUCCCAUUUGGACAAGUGUGCUUUUCUUCAUCUUAGUAUUCCUAGUGUAAACAACUUGUAUUUGUAUAGUAUGUGAUAGCUAAAUAUGGGAUUUCCUUGCAUAGGACAUCUUCCUAGAGCACCCUGGAAAAACUACUUGAUGUGCAUGGAGACACACAUACACAUAUACACAUGUACAGGACUAUCUGAGCUAUUGGGCCUACUCCCAGAGUACUGACAUGGUUGGGACUUUGAACAGGAAAUUUAUGCAAAAUUGAAAGAGUAGCAGAAAUGCCCAAGUCUGUUUCAAAAGUCCCUGCGUGAUUUAUUUAACAUUUCACAGAACUUAGUGAAAACCAAAACUAGAUUCUCAGACCAGAUAUUUGUAGUCCAGCACUAUAACCAAAAAAGAAAAAAAAAAGAAAUAUUCAUUUCUAUUCCAUAAAAACUAGAGACUUGAUCCAGGAUCCAUCCAAAUAAAAAAGUCAGGAAGCUUGCAUGUCAUUGAUUGGUUUCCAAUGAGUACAGUGAAGGUCAAGCCCUAUGAUUGUAAAUUCCAAGGGCUUGUCCAAGAAUUUUGUCUAAUUGAGUAUUGGUUAUACUGAAAUUUUGAAACUGAAGAGAUUUUUAUUGGAUGUAAUGAGAAUUAAUCCAUACCAUUAAACCUUGCAAACAACAACAACAAAAGGUGAAGUUGAAGAACAAGGGUGAGGAACUAUGGGACCAGUAGUAUGUAUCCUGGGAAAAACAAUAACCCAGAUUGGAUGUUUCCUCUAUGAAUUCUUAACUUCCCAUAGUAAACUUGCCAUGUUCAUACUAAAUGAGAGUUUUUCUGAAUUCAUUUGACAUGCAAUAUCCAUCUUUUUGCUUUGUCAAUUAAGUAAUAAAAGUAGGUAGAUCAAGCACUGUAUUAGUUCCAGUGAAUAAUUAGUUUUUGGAAGUACAUUAUCUAUAUUAGGCCUAUCGAGGGACAAAUGUACUAUUUUAGGGUACUGCAAGGAACCUAAACAUUGUGUCUAUGCAAUAGCCAUUUAAUAUAUAGGACCAACCAGACCACCAAAUGACAUACUCAAAAUGACCUCCUUUAUCUUACUUUGAAUUAAAUUCAAUACUUUUUCAAAAGCACCUACUAUGUAUAAGGUGUUGCUCUAAAUGUGAGGUAAAUAAACUGAAAAAUAGUGUAGUUCCUGCCCUCAAGGAGUUUAUAGUCCAAUACUAGAAUAAAACACAUUUAUGAAUAUGUCACAAGAUAAAAUCUCAUAAGAACAUCACUGGAGUAAACUAGACAAAGUACUAUAAAAAAUAUGAGGAAUAAACAAUCAUGCUCUAUUGAAGAAAUCAAUGAAGGCUUCAUCAAAGAAGGGGCAUUUAAGCUGGCCCUUGAAGAAAGACAUUUUUAACAGACACAACUUUGAUGUGGAUGAAAUACUUUAAUUAUCACAGGAUCGUGGUGGCCAGUGUCUUAAAAACCAAGGUGGGGAGGAAUUAUGAUUAUGGGAACUGCAAUUUUCAAAUCUUUAGGGUAGUCAUUAAAGGAGAAUUCCCAAGUGAGUUGCUGUUGGAAACAAUUUUAGGGCAAAAGAGGCUUGAUGGAGAAAAAGCAAAUUCUGUGACUUUUAAUCAGAUGCCCCAGAGUCUUCUGUUGCUGCCAGAAUGUCAAACAGAAUAUUUAGUUAAGGAAAUAUUUGUUUUUUCAGGUGUUAAGUGUUAUAUCAGAUAUCAAAACAGAUAAGACUUGUCUUUGACUCCAAAACGAAAUUCAGAUUUUUUUAAAAUAAAAAAUUCCAGUUUGACAUCCAUA